CUCACCUGUGCCCACCGCCGAGCUCACCUGGCCGCGCCGAGGAGCCCGGGCCGCCGGCCGGCGCUUCCCUCCGGACUGCGAUGUGCCGAACCUAGCUGCGGUCUGAGAGGAUGUCUGGGGUGUCCGAACCCCUGAGCCGAGUGAAGGUGGGCACGCUGCACCGGCCUGAAGGCCCCCCCGAGCCCGUGGUGGUGGUGCCAGUGGACGUGGAGAAGGGGGACGUGCGCAUCCUCAAGGUCUGCUUCUACAGCAACAGCUUCAACCCCGGGAAGAACUUCAAGCUGGUGAAAUGCACGGUGCACAGCGAGAUCCGGGAUGUCAUCGCCUCCAUCCUGCUGAGUGGGCGGAUCGGGCCCAACAUCCAGCUGGCUGACUGCUACGGGCUGAGGCUGAAGCACAUGAAGUCGGACGAGAUCCACUGGCUGCACCCGCAGAUGACGGUGGGGGAGGUGCAGGACAAGUACGAGUGUCUCCACGUGGAAGCCGAGUGGAGGUAUGACCUUCAGAUCCGCUACUUGCCAGAGGACUUCAUGGAGAGCCUAAAGGAAGACCGGACCACACUGCUCUAUUUUUACCAGCAGCUCCGGAGUGACUACAUGCAACGCUACGCCAGCAAGGUCAGCGAGGGCAUGGCGCUGCAGCUGGGCUGCCUUGAGCUCAGACGCUUCUUCAAGGACAUGCCCCACAACGCACUCGACAAGAAGGAGCUGCUGUCCCAACGUCUGACCUCCGGGGGUAGCCAGGUGGGGCAACAGUCUCCUCUCUGCCUCCAGCAAGGGUGGAACAUCAUGGUGGACCUGGUCAUCGGCCCCAAAGGCAUCCGCCAGCUGACGAGCCAGGACGCAAAGCCCACGUGCCUGGCUGAGUUCAAGCAGAUCAAGUCCAUCAAGUGCCUGGCGCUGGAGGAAGGCCAGGCCGUGCUGCAGCUGGGCAUCGAGGGUGCCCCCCAGUCCUUGUCCAUCAAAACCUCCUCUCUGGCAGAGGCCGAGAACAUGGCUGACCUCAUCGACGGGUACUGCCGUCUCCAGGGGGAGUACAAAGGCUCUCUCAUCCUGCACCCCAAGAAAAGCACGUGUCCAAUGAAAGACGGCGAGAAGCGGAACAGCCUGCCCCAGAUCCCGGUGCUGAGUCUGGAGCCUCACAGACCGCCGCUGUCGGAAAGCUGCAGCAUAGAGUCGGACAUCUACGUGGAGAUCCCCGAUGACGCCCUGCGGCAGUCAGGAGGCGCCCACUACAGCAUCUCCCGGGAAGACGUGGUUCUGAACCGGAUUCUCGGCGAAGGCUUUUUUGGGGAGGUCUACGAAGGCGUCUACACGAACCACAAAGGGGAGAAGAUCAACGUGGCCGUGAAGACCUGCAAGAAGGACUGCACGCUGGACAACAAGGAGAAGUUCCUGAGCGAGGCAGUGCUGAUGAAGAAACUCGACCACCCGCACAUCGUGAAGCUGAUCGGCAUCAUCGAGGAGGAGCCCACCUGGAUCAUCAUGGAGCUGUACCCCCACGGGGAGUUGGGCCACUACCUGGAGAGGAACAAGAACUCCCUGAAGGUGCUCACGCUGGUCCUGUACUCGCUGCAGAUCUGCAAGGCCAUGGCCUACCUGGAGAGCAGCAACUGCGUGCACAGGGACAUCGCCGUCCGGAACAUCCUGGUGGCCUCCUCCGAGUGCGUGAAGCUGGGGGACUUCGGCCUGUCCCGGUACAUUGAGGAUGAGGAGUAUUACAAAGCCUCCGUGACGCGUCUCCCCAUCAAGUGGAUGUCGCCCGAGUCCAUCAACUUCCGCCGCUUCACCACGGCCAGCGACGUCUGGAUGUUUGCCGUGUGCAUGUGGGAGAUCCUGAGCUUCGGCAAGCAGCCCUUCUUCUGGCUGGAGAACAAGGAUGUCAUCGGGGUGCUGGAGAAGGGCGACCGGCUGCCCAAGCCCGAACUGUGCCCCCCCGUCCUCUACACCCUUAUGACUCGCUGCUGGGAGCACCGUUGACCUUGUUUCUCACCUUCUCUGACCUGACUCCUGAGCAGUGACAUUUACCAGAUGGAGAAAGACAUCGCCAUAGAGCAGGAGAGGAACACGCGCUACCGACCCCCCAAAAUCUUGGAGCCCAUAGUCUACCAGGAGCCGCCACCCAAGCCCAGCCGGCCCAAGUUCAGGCCCCCUCCACAAACCAACCUGCUGGCGCCCAAGCUGCAGUUCCAGGUCCCUGAGGGUCUGUGUGCCAGCUCACCUACGCUCACCAGCCCUAUGGAGUACCCAUCUCCCGUAAACUCGCUGCACACCCCGCCUCUCCACCGGCACAAUGUCUUCAAGCGCCACAGCAUGCGGGAGGAGGACUUCGUCCGGCCCAGCAGCCGCGAGGAGGCCCAGCAGCUGUGGGAGGCCGAGAGGGCCAAGAUGCGGCAGAUUCUGGACAAGCAGCAGAAGCAGAUGGUGGAGGACUACCAGUGGCUGAGGCGGGAGGAGAAGUCCCUGGACCCCAUGGUCUACAUGAAUGACAAGUCCCCGCUGACCCCAGAAAAGGAGGCCGGCUACACGGAGUUCACGGGGCCCCCCCAGAAGCCACCGAGGCUGGGAACACAGUCCAUCCAGCCCACGGCUAACCUGGACCGGACGGACGACCUGGUGUACCUCAACGUGACAGAGCUGGUGCGGGCGGUGCUGGAGCUCAAGAACGACCUCACUCAGCUGCCGCCCGAGGAGUACGUGGGGGUGGUGAAGAAUGUGGGCAUGACCCUGCGGAAGCUCAUUGGGAGCGUGGACGACCUCCUGCCCUCCCUGCCGCCAUCUUCCCGGACGGAGAUUGAGGGGACCCAGAAACUGCUCAACAAGGACCUGGCCGAGCUCAUCAAUAAGAUGCGACUGGCCCAGCAAAACGCGGUGACCUCCCUGAGCGAGGAGUGCAAGCGGCAGAUGCUCACGGCCUCCCACGCCCUGGCCGUGGACGCCAAGAACCUUCUGGAUGCCGUGGACCAGGCCAAGGUCCUGGCCAACCUGGCGCGCCCGCCUGCAGAGUGACAAGGGCACCCCCUGCGUCUUCGCCCUGCCUGCCGCCCGCCGAGCCCUGCCCGCCCCGCCCCCGCCUCGCCUCCGGACAUGUGGGUCUGCUGGGGGUCCCCAAGGGGUCCUGCCCUUGCCACUUCGCACGACCCCGUCCCCACCUCAACCCCAGACUGUGCUGCUCAGGCUGCAGCUAGACAGAGGGGAACUCAGGGCUGUAGAAACAGGGGUGACGGAGGGCUCCCGGGGAGCCAUCUGCUGGCCACACCCCCCUCGCACCGGCCUGACCAAUUGAGGGUGCAGGGGUGCACCCAGUGGCUUUAUGCGUGGACGUGGCGGGCCAAUUUGGGGGUCUAGCCACCCCUCCUCCUGGGCCCAUGCAGGCCCCUCCUUGGGGGUCGGGCAGCGGUGAGGAGGGCGGGCCGGCUUCCUUGUACAGUGUAUAUUGGAGUUUAUUUAAUGAGUGUAGUCUGGACUGACAGCGGGUGCCCCGGGUAGGGGGGAGCCUCAGACAGCCAGGAGUGAGCUGUGGGAGCCCUGGACCCCCAUCAUCCGCAGGACAUGGGUCGGGAGGAGGGGAGCGGUGAGGCCCAAAGGCCCCGCCCUGGACAGCCAGCCCCCCUCGGCCUCUUCUCCCUCCCUUCGCUUCCCUUUUCUUACUCCUCCUCCACGCCCCGGCCCCGCCCCCUCCUCCACGCCCUUCCUCUCUUGUGACGGUGGAAAACACUUUUACCUUCUUUCUAUUUGACUUGUGGAUGAAUAAA